GUCCCGAUCAUUCUGCCUGUCGGGAAGAUGCUCGCACCCUUUCGGUCAGGCACUGCAUAUCCAGCACCGGCGACCCCUGCUGGACGCUGCCUGUCAUUGCAGGCCAUAACAAUCAACGCCUGUCUGUGACUUCACUCUUCGUGUGCUUUGAUAGGAAACCCAACAAUGAUCAUCCAGAGCUGCAUUAAACCACAGGACGAGGCCGUAGAAUGAUAUGGAGGUGAUAUAAUACAAUGGCUGCUCCUCAUCACUGCUCGUCUUUGUCAGAUCCUCCCCAUCCCUACGCUGAGAGUCCGCCCCCUAUCAGUUCCUGUCCGAGCGCAUCCAGCAGCGGCAGCAGACCUGGUGGAGAAGUUAAAACUUUGUGCAUUUAUCCAUGUAUCCAUAUAAGAGGCUCUAAAAGCUGCGAAGGGCGCCUGUAAGAACCAGCAGAGGUUGGGCGUUUCCACACUUGAGGGAAAGCAGCAGGAGGAAGAAGCAUGAUCGACCUGAGCCACCUGACGGAGGAGGAGCAGGAGAUGAUAAUGAUGGUUCUGAAGAGGGAUGCCGAACUGAAGCGGGCUGAGGAGGAGAGAAUCAGGAAAUUAGAAAAUGUUCUGCACAGUGGCUCUCAGUCAGAUGGCAAGCUGAAGUACCUGUCAGGGGAAUGGUUCUACGAGGCCAAGUCUCAAAGACACAGCGACAAAAUCCACGGGUCAGAAAUCAUCUUGGCAUCCAUGAGGCAAGGGAAGGCGGCUAGUUUAGAUGGGUCUCUUCGACUCGAGAGAACGAAGACAUCCAGCAGCCGUGGCUCAGAUGUAGUGUCUCCACCAAAACCGGAGAGGUGUUUUCAAUCAUCACAGCCACAGGAGAUGAAUGAUGCAGAAAAAGAAAAUCGAUAUUCAACCAUUCGUUCACCUAAAAUGCCGAGACCCAACCCUUUUAAUCGUGCUUCCCUCAUUGUUUUUGAACCUCCUGAAAAUAAUCAUACAACCACCCAUCUGGACCAGGACCCACUGGAGUCAGAGCCGAUCUCGCCUCUGAAGACUCACCCGACCAGGGAGUCCAGUCAGACCUCGGGGGGCUCCAUCGCAUCAGAAAGCUCCUCUACAGGUUUCAGGCCCGUACCGAAGAAGAGGACAUUCCUGUCAAGACGCAGCAGCAGUCAAUUUCAAAGCAGCGACCAGCAGGGGUUACAUGCUCAGGUAAGGCCUGCGGGGAUUGUUCCUGCCCCGAGACGAAGCCGCCAGCAGGGAUCCAUCGGGAGCUCUAACCAGUCAAGUCUGAAGAUUACAGAUGAAACACCUCAGGAAAGUGUUUAUAUUCCGGUGAUGGCUUCGGCUCAGCCUUCCAAAGCAGCAGAUACAAAUUUCCAGCAGCCACUGUGUGCUGUAUCUCAGGCUUCCUCUAAUUCAAGUCUGGAGAGAGACAAGGCUAUUGCUUCUAUAACAAGAGAGCGAGCCGCUGCUUACACCAGGACUGAAGUGACCACUGACAGAGAAACUUCAGAACAGUGGGUUGAAGCUCGAGAUGAUCAAACAGUGCAUGCAGCCUCUAACAUUUUCAACCUAUCCAGCAGAAACAUUCAGGGCACCAGCAGCAGCAUUGAAACAGCAGGGCGACAGGAAGAGAUGAGUUUACCUCCAAACACAGUGGAUCCAAUUCCUCCUAUGUCAUAUGAUCUCCACUUCAUUGACAAGUCCAAUCAGCAAGCUCAGAAGUCUGAUCAGAUUAAUGUUUUCAAACUGUCCACUCAGAGAACAAGUCCCACUAGUGAAGAGGAGGACUCUAUUACAAAGGUGCUCGACUGGUUCAACCGCAGCACGGACAGCAGCGAUUGGCUGGACUCAAAGGACACACCAAAGACCUGCAAUAGCUUUGAUCGGCACAUAUCUGUCAGCAAAUCGAGGGAGGAAGAGUCGUUUGACAGAGACAUCAGUGAAAGAAAUGGGGAUAGAUUUGAAACAAGUAAGAACCACUUACAUAGACUCACCAAUAAAGAUAAUGGAAAAGGAAGCAAGGAGCUGCUUGAUACUCAAGAUUUGCAUUCGCAAGACAUUACAGAUGUUUGUGAUGAAAGCCAGCCAAUGAAAAUUUCUCAUUUGAAAUCAUUCUGGGAGCAAAGCAACACGGGCCCAAAGAUACUUAUCAGCAAAUCUGUGAGGCCUUGUGACAAAGUAGUAAUCUCUGCUCAGGUUUCUGCAGUGAAAGGGUCUGAUAUACAAUUUGUUCCUGGAAAGUACAGUGGAAAGGGGAUCUAUGGUAAGCACACCCCAGAUCCUAGUAAUGAAAGAGAGCAGCAGCCAUUGAACAACAAAAAAAUAAAAAUGGUGAACUGUAUUCACCCAGAAGCUGUGGAAAAAUACACGAACAAUCCCCAGUCUGCCAACAGAAGAAUUUUGGAUGGGGAAGCUUUAUGUGCAAACAGACCAAACCAAUCAGAAAGGACAAUUGUAGAUCAAGAGUUCAUGAACGAUUCUGCAGUCAAACCAAAGUUACACCCACACAGCAUUUCAGGAUACAAAGAAUCAUUACUGCAAGACCUUCUGUUCAAGACCACUCCUGCAUCUCAGCUAUAUGCAGACCUCCCAACGAAGGUUGGUUUAGACUGCGAAAAGCUUAGUUUGCCCAGAAACUGCUCACUAUUGGAUGAAAAUGAGGAGCAAGGCACAACAAAAGCCAAAAUUUACAGAGAAAUGGUUGAAGACAUGACAUUGAGAGAUAUCGAGGAUAAAAACGUACACUCAGGCCUAUCUCCCAAAAGAAAAGAUGAUGCAGCCAAUAGGGACAGGACUGGCAGUUCAAACAGGCAGCCAUCACAACACCAAGAAAGCACAGCAGAGAGGAUAAAGCAGCUGAAAUCUUUUUGGGAGCAGGAGCUGAAGAAGCCAGUGCUUUACACCGGUAAACCUAAAGCUCCUGGAGAGGGGAAAGUGACCUGUGGAGUAAAUCAGGCAAAACUGACUAAAAGAUUCACGAAGUCUGAGUUCGACUUGAGAUCAAUUGCAAAUGAUUCAGGAAGCGACGAGGAAGGUGGUAACAAGGAAUACCAAAAUUUUACUGUCCUACCAUUGAGUCAUAGGUUAGAUAAGGUGAAUCCCAGUCUUGGAACCAGUCGUGCUCAGUUUACCUCUCUGCGGGAGUUCUGGGACGAGGCUACCUCUGACUCCAGGGUGUCAUUAAACUUUGACAAAACCAAAAGCCCCAAAAGGAAAGAGCCCCUCCGUGCUCAGCUUUCAUCCCAGGAGUUAAAGUCUAAAGAUCCAGAGAUUCAUCAUGUAAAUCCUGCUCUUGGGAAAACAAGAGGAGCUGUCAUGAAGUCGUUUCCUUCUCCUCAGAGUCGGUCAAAGUCUCCACAUGAUGCACAGGUGGGAUCUGGGUCAAAGUUACAGAGUGAUGACAAAAGUAACUUGCCGAGUUAUAUACCAGCUGAGCCAAGGCAGCAAAAACAGACCAAAAGGAACCCAAAGGACUUCACUCAAGAAGAGAAGUCCACAAAGCCUCAAAGCAGUGUAUCCAAAGAGAUUCGAUCUCCGAAAAGCAGAAAAGAGAGUUUCCACUUCUCCAGCAGCCGUGGAAGUUCUCUGCGUCGUGCAACGAGCCUGUUUGCUCUAAGUGUUGAUGAAGAAAAAGAUCCAAACCAACUGAGAAUAGACAUAAGCCCUGUCCGGUCUCAGAGCAGAAAGCACAGACAGCUCGAGCCGGAGUUUGUGAUUCCACGAGCGCGGGCUUUUGUUCCAACAGACUACCGCCACUACCUGGGAAUGACAGACAAGACCAGCAUUCACACUACACUUGCACCAGCCUUAAAUGAAGAGAGCCCAGAAGUCAAGUCUGGGUACGAUCUUGAUUUGAGUGGACCAGUAAAGGCCAGCAUGCCUGUGGGCUCAGAGGAGCGUCAUGGCAAGAAGACAAACAAGAUGAGCCAGUGGCCAGUGUGGCCGAAUCACAGCAGCUCAGACACAGGCCCAGAGUCUUCUGUCAGCAGUACAUCAGAAACAUGGUCCAACAUGAGGAGCAGUUCAAAUCGGGGAAAUGAUGAAGAUGAGCAAAAUCCAGUGAGGAAGGCGCUGCGGCGAGCAGAGACACGACCUAAAAAUUUGGCUAAAAGUAUGGAGGACAUCACUGCAUCUGUAGCACCACGACAAGAAAGGAGAGCAGACCCGGCUGCUGAUCUCAGGCACAACAGUGAAGUUUCAACCGUCUCUUCGCCUUCCUCCUCCUCUUUUUCGGAUCCGGACCACUUAAAGAAGAUGAGCAAAUCUGUUCCCUCGUUCUUACAGAAGGAGGACCAUGACAUUGACACUGACUCCUGUGAGCGCAAUAACCCUCUAGGAAGACAAACAACAGGCAGCUCAAUGACUAUUCUGAGCAGCUCCUCUGGCAUGACGUCUGUGUCUUCUCUGAGUGGAAGUGUGAUGACCAUGUACAGCGGGGAUUUUGUUGAAGUUCAAGGAACAAUCCAGUUUUCCAUCAACUACAUCCAACGGCUUCGGGAGUUUCACAUCUUUGUGGUGGAGUGUCGUGAUCUGGCUCCAGUCGAUUCAAAGAGGAACCGCUCCGAUCCGUAUGUCAAAAGUUACCUACUUCCUGACAAAGCCAAUCUUGGAAAGAGGAAAACAUCUGUAAAGAAAAAGACACUGAAUCCGACCUUCAACGAGAUCCUCCGGUAUCGUGUUCGCAUGGAGUACCUCAGGACCCAGACGCUCAUUCUCUCUGUCUGGCAUCACGACACCUUUGGUAAGAAUAGCUUCCUGGGCGAGGUGGACGUGGACCUCUCCAAGUGGGACUUUGACCACACCCAGAUGAAUCACUUAGCGCUGAAGGCUAGGACGCUACCUUCUAUUGCACCAUUAAAUGGACGUGGGGAGAUGAGACUGGCUAUACGCUACCUGCCGCAGAUCACCCACAGUAAAGGUGUGACGAAAGAUGUUUCCAACACUGGAGAGAUUCAUAUUUGGGUGAAAGAAUGCAGGAACCUGCCUUUAAUCAGAGCCAUCAUCGACCCUUAUGUUAAGUGCUUUGUGCUGCCGGACACAAGCAGGAAAAGCCGUCAGAAGACCCGUGUCCUGCGGAGAACUGCAAACCCAAUGUUUAACCAUACCAUGGUGUAUGAUGGCAUCAGUGAGGCUGAUCUAAUGCAGGCCUGUGUGGAGCUCACUGUAUGGGACCGGGACAGGCUCGCAAGCAGCCUGCUGGGGGGGCUGAGGCUUGGAGCAGGAACAGGAAGAAGCUAUGGAGCCCUGGUGGACUGGAUGGAUUCUGGCCCGUAUGAGGUGGCGCUUUGGGACCGCAUGAUAGCCUCUCCCAGUGAAUGGGUGGAGGAUGUGCUGCCGCUGAGAAUGUUAUAUUCUGCUAGAACAGCUCUAAAAUAAGUACACCCAACUGCUAUGGGAAGUAUUUAUUUGUCUUUGUUAAAUUAUUGUUUUAAACUCAGUUACUGAAACUGUAUCAGGAUCUUUAUAACUAUGUUUGAGAGGUUUGAGCACAUGAUGCA